UUUUUUAAAACUUCGUGAUUAAAUAAACUGUGAUACUUAAUCCAGCAUGGCCUUAAUGCCAAAGGAAUCUGCGAAAGUAAUAGCAAGACUAUCCAAGAAUGUUUUCAUCGAAGAAGAAGGCGUGAAAAAUCUUGCCUGUGCGAUUUUAGAAGGUCUUAAGGAUCGUGAAGUAAGUGUGAAUAAUUUUUCUCAACAUGAAUUUCAUCCUUCUCCUAAUGAUCCAAGAGCUGUCGAUUGGAUAUUUGUCUUGGAUACAUUGAAUUAUUCUUUCUGGAGUAAGAAGGAUUCGCCGAAGUGGACUGUUCACGGUCAGACUGGAUAUUUUGCAUUAUGUGCAGCUGUUAAGAGGGCUAUAAAUGAAGGGAAACCUAUAGUCGAUCCAAAGUAUUACUCUCAGAUAACAAGAUGCGAGGCCGAACAAAUUUUUCGGGGUGAUAAUCAAACUAGUAUUCCACUAUUAGACGAAAGAGUUAAGUCCUUGCGAGAGGCUGGAAAAAUUUUGUUAGAAAAAUAUCAAGGUACAUUUGUGGAAUGUAUCAAGUCGUGUUCAGGCUCAGCCGAGCAGCUACUCAAACGCAUUGUGAACGAAUUCGAGUCGUAUCAAGACGAGGCUGACUAUGAGGGCCAUAGAGUAAGCUUUUACAAAAGGGCUCAGAUACUGGUGGGUGAUAUUUGGGCUUGCUUCAAAGGUGAAGGAAUUGGUAAAUUCCACGACGUAGAUUACAUCACGAUGUUUGCUGAUUAUCGCGUACCCCAAGUCCUGGUACAUUUUGGUGCAAUUCGGUACAGUAAUCCACUCCUUAGCAGACUACAACGUGAUGUAGAAUUAGAAAAUGGUAGCGACGAUGAGAUUGAAAUUCGUGGAUGCUCGAUAGAGGCAGUCGAACGGGUUAGAGACGAAGUUUGGUCUCUUAUAGAGCGUUACCCGAAUUUGGGAUUAAAAAAAUCAGACAUUAACGCUAUACUCAUAGAUCAUUUUCUAUGGGACUAUAGACGGAAACACGCGGCUCAGUUAGAAAGCAUACCGUUUCAUAAAACCAGAUGCAUAUAUUACUGAGCUUGGUAUCGUCUUUCUCUUGGAACCAAUAUUUUCAAAGUUUGCUAAGGAAACUUUGAGAAUAGCUCAAAAGGAAUUGUAAACAUUUGCAGAGAUUAGUUUCUCGGGUGUAAUGAUUUUCUUUUUAUACACCACGAUCUAUACUGUGAUCAUGUAUUAUAAUUAUUUGAACGACGGAGAACUAUUUUUAUCGUUGAACAAUAUUCAUAGAAUUAGUAACUUUAAAAGUACUCAUGUAUGUGCAAAUGUUUGAAUAAAACGUUGAGCAUUUUUAUGAAUAA